CCUGUCAUGUCAAGUCAUGCACGUCCCACGGAGACUGCUGAUUAAGCAUUACAGUGCCUCCGACGGCAGAAAGUUCUGGAAGUCCAGAGUGGAGUUAUAUACUAGCGGCCUUUGGCGUGGCGCAUCAGUUCGAAGAGGUCAGGGCAAGACAGCGAAUCAUGUCAGCCUCUGCAGGCAACACAGAGAACUUCACCUUCCGGCAAAUGCAAGUGCUGGCCAAGGCCCGCGCUGCUCCAGGAAUUCACAUUAUACUAACGAACCCCUAUGUUGCUGUAGUGGGCGAAGAAGGAGAGCCGACUGUGUGCAAGCUACCCCGCGGCGUAAUGAACGGGACAUUUGUAACACACGUCUUCCGUUUUCCUAAUCUAAAAACCGGGGCCUAUUACCGCUUUCGCAAGGAUGACAAGACAUACGGAAAUACAGUCGCACCCUUCCUGGAAUAUAACGCGUCUCCAGGCAACAGAAACAUCUUCCAGCGAGAGACCGACAAAAGGGAUAGUAGACCUCUAGGCUGCACUCUCGACGAACAAGCGCCCUGCGUGCUGCAGAUGGAUGUGCAUGAUGAUGGAAUGAUUAUGGCGUCCUGCAAUGGAGGACCGCAGGUGAAAGCGCCAUACCCCAACUUCAGCUCUGACGCCAUCCGCCAGACGUAUGACAAAAAGUAUGAUUCUCUAACUCUCAUGGAGAUGCAUGUCACCUACAAGAGCGACGUCAACACUGUCUUCGAUACGAGCAAGGAUUUCACGCAACCUGAAUUUAUUAUGUACCCUGGAGGAUACAUCGUCAUUGAGGGAAGCGCCACAGAAACGUUCCAGAUCACGCGCGGUGCCGGUGUAGCCUACACCGGCAAUAGGACUGGAUCGGGACUUCGUCUAGUGAUGAAGACAUUCGCGACAAGUUAUUGUGUAGAACUAGUCGGUCACGACUUCAACUCCGUGCCACGCUCCAGCCCCAUUUACACUGCUCCGUUCGUCGUGUCAAGUGAAUUCCAUCUGACGAGCUUCACCAUGGAAACUGGCGGCGGAUAGGAGACGCGAGGAACAAGAACACACGAGGGCUAAAACGCGACACCUAGACACCUGCAGUCCUCGUGUAUUUCGCACCGUUUGGACAUGUGGCGCACCUCCCAAGCAGCCUCUUGUCUUUGUUUCCUCAUCAGGCUAUACUUUAUCUCCCUCCUUUGCAUGCACGCAUGUCUCAAGGAUGAAGAGGAAGUGGAUAAAGAAUGCUGAGAAGAAGAAGAAGAAGAGUGGAGAAAGAGGAAAGAUAAAGAAAGGGUGGGCUCUUGGUACGUGCGACUCGUGUAUGUGUGUUUCGUGUGCUGAUCAAAAUAAAAUGACUUGCAAAAAGAA